AACAGCGCACGUUACGUUUUUAACGGACGAGCGGAUUAACGUCGGUAUCGACAAGUUUAUCACCCUACCCAAUAGCAAAAGCAAAACCAAUUGUCAAUCGAAACGAUAGCGCGGCGUAUUUGCCAAUCGAAGUGAUAUCUUUGGGCUGUGGUUAAUGUUUUUAAUGCUUUCUGGCUGCCCUGCAAUGCCGUCGGCUUUUGGUCCCUGUGAACAUUCGAGCUGAAGACCUAAGCCCUCAAACUGAUGUCCACCUUGGCCAGCAGUCGACCGCCCCCGCUCAAGCUGACUAUUCCCUCCUUGCAGGAGGCUGAGGACCACGCGCAGGAGAGGAGAGCGGGCGGAGGUGGCCAGGAAGUGGCUAAAAUGCAUCCGGAUUGCUUGCCCUUGCCGCUCGUCCAGCCGGGCAACUCGCCCCAAGUGCGGGAGGAUGAGGAGGACGAGCAGACGGAGUGCGAGGAGCAGCUGAACAUCGAGGAUGAGGAGGCCGAGGAGGAGCACGAUCUGGACCUGGAGGACCCAGCCAGCUGCUGCAGUGAGAACAGUGUGUUGAGUGUGGGCCAGGAGCAAUCGGAGGCGGCACAGGCGGCGCUAUCCGCUCAAGCUCAGGCCCGGCAGAGGCUUUUGAUCAGCCAAAUCUACCGACCGUCGGCAUUCAGCAGCACCGCCACCACUGUACUGCCGCCCAGCGAAGGUCCGCCCUUCUCGCCCGAGGACCUCCUGCAACUGCCUCCGUCCACGGGAACCUUCCAGGAGGAGUUCCUGCGGAAGUCCCAGCUGUACGCCGAGGAGCUGAUGAAGCAGCAGAUGCAUCUAAUGGCCGCCGCCAGGGUGAACGCGCUCACGGCAGCGGCGGCGGGAAAACAGCUGCAAAUGGCAAUGGCGGCGGCUGCUGUGGCCACAGUGCCCAGCGGUCAGGAUGCACUGGCUCAGCUAACGGCCACGGCAUUGGGCCUGGGACCAGGUGGAGCGGCGCAUCCCCACCAGCAAUUGCUACUGCAAAGGGACCAGGUCCACCACCAUCAUCACAUGCAGAAUCACCUGAAUAACAAUGAAAAUCUGCACGAAAGGGCUCUCAAAUUCAGCAUAGACAAUAUCCUGAAGGCGGACUUUGGUUCCCGAUUGCCCAAGAUUGGCGCUUUAAGUGGCAACAUCGGAGGUGGCAGUGUGAGUGGCAGCAGUACUGGCAGCAGUAAAAACUCUGCGACCACCAAUGGCAACAGAUCUCCCCUCAAGGCGCCCAAGAAGUCCGGAAAACCACUGAAUCUGGCUCAAAGUAACGCCGCCGCCAACUCGAGCCUGAGCUUCUCCAGCUCGCUGGCGAAUAUCUGCAGCAACAGCAACGAUUCCAAUAGCACCGCCACCAGCAGCAGCACCACCAACACCUCGGGCGCACCGGUGGAUCUGGUCAAGUCGCCUCCUCCGGCGACGGGAGCGGGAGCGGGAGCCACUGGAGCAUCCGGCAAGUCCGGCGAGGAAUCGGGCACUCCCAUCGUUUGGCCGGCGUGGGUAUAUUGCACCCGCUACAGCGAUCGCCCCAGCUCAGGUCGAAGUCCACGAGCGCGAAAGCCCAAGAAGCCGGCGACGUCCAGUUCGGCGGCAGGAGGCGGCGGCGGGGGCGGAGGCGUCGAGAAGGGGGAGGCCGCCGAUGGGGGCGGGGUGCCGGAGGACAAGAGGCCGCGAACGGCCUUCAGCGGAACGCAGUUGGCCAGACUGAAGCACGAGUUCAACGAGAACCGCUAUCUGACGGAGAAGCGGCGCCAGCAGCUGAGCGGCGAACUGGGCCUGAACGAGGCCCAGAUCAAGAUCUGGUUCCAGAACAAGCGGGCCAAGCUGAAAAAGUCGAGCGGCACCAAGAAUCCGCUGGCGCUGCAGCUGAUGGCCCAGGGACUGUACAACCACUCGACGAUUCCGCUGACCCGCGAGGAGGAGGAGCUGCAGGAGCUGCAGGAGGCGGCCAGUGCCGCUGCCUCCGCCGCCGCCGCCAAGGAGCCCUGCUAGAAGUGGGCGUGGCACUGUGUCCGGCAAUAUCUACGAUCUAGUAUUUAUGGAGUAGCGUGUAAGCUAGGCUAGGAAGUUCGGAGCGAUUAAGUUGUACCAUAUUCUAGUCCGCCGCACACGCAGUCGAACGGAGGAAAUCCUGCGAAGAAUUCGCCGCUGGAGGAAAC